AUGGACUCCAAACGCCCUCGGUCGCCCGGCAGCGGCAGCGUCGAUUACCCAGCAAAACUGCCUAAAACGGCCCAUCACCAGCACCAGGCCCAGCACCAGCACCAGCAUCUCCAGAUCAACUACCUCGCCCGCCAGUACUCCGACACCCUCCCUCUAGUCUCCACGGACGACACCUUACCCGCCAUACUCCGCUGGAUAGGCGAGUACGACGGCGUCCUGCACCGCCACGAGUCCAUCGCCGGAAACCUGGGUGCUUGUCCUCUCGGCCCCAUACUCGUCAAGCGCUUCGAGCGACUCUUCGAUGGGCCUCCGCGAGUCCUCAAGACCUCCUCUAAUGGCAACGACAGCGGCAAAGAGAGCACCGUCUCCUGGCUCGAUGUCGUCGAGUUUGCGAAGGAGAGCCCGGAGCAAUUCACCCUCGAAAAGACCCGUACCGGAUCCCGCGUCUGCCAGCUAGACAUCAAGCAUGCCAGAGUCGAGAUCUCCGAGGAGGAUUACGUCCUCAUUGCCUCGGGCAUGCCGCAGAAGAUGAUCCCACCGCAGCCUAUCAGCGAAGACGAAGAGAAGGAGCUCGGUGCUCUGGAAAUUCUGGAGAAGAACCUCGUCUAUAUCAUCCAGCUGGCCGAUCAAGUAUCGGCGCGUGCUCGGCAGCUCAACCAUCGGUUAAAGAACCGUCGCAACGCCAUAGUUUCUCGGCGUGAAAAUGAUGCCAGCCUUGCUCAAUCGCAGUCGCAAUCACAAACCCGAGCCAUCAGUCCCUGGAAGGAUACCAACACUCCUAACGGACAUGGACAAUCCCGCGCUACCUCGCCACCCGGUUUCGUGGCCGUCAACUCUCGUCAGGAGCAACACCAGCCCCAUCACGAUGAUCCAGCCCAAUUCGCCUUCUCCCAACCCAUAUCAGACAACGUCACCAUAAUUAAUGGCACCUCCAUCAAGGGUGCGUCCCCAAGUACCCGCGCUGAACUCAUGAAGAAGUUCUUCACCACAUCCGACAGACGGAUGCAUCAACAUCAUCAGCAACAGCAACAGCAUGCCGAGCAUGCCGAUGCAUCAGACUACCAACCACCAUCAUACACCGGGCAAGGCACCUCGCCUAUCCCUCCAGUCCCCAUCCCGAGUACCCCGUCCUCCCUGCUCCCACAUCCGAAACCCACACCAUCACACGAUCGCGAUGACACGGCUCCCUUCAAAACAGCCAUGGAGGUUGAACAUGCACUGUCUCAAGAACCUAACGGCUUGUAUGGGCUGUACAAAGAAACACGCCAAAUGCUCAUGGCGGGAUGUUAG